GGGAAACCGCGCACUCCAUGCACUGCCACAGCGUGGGUGAAUGGUCCUACGCCGUCGUUCAAAAAAGUGGAUUCGCCCCAUACGAAUGGCUCCACUACACUACUACAGCACACCUCUCUUCAUCUCGGUGAUGGCUCGUCUACCAGACAAGUAGACCUGCAGUCCUCCCUUUUACUAAAUAAUCGAAAUAAUCUAGACUACUCCGAAAGUGCAAACAUCAAUGAGCGUUACACUUGUGGCUACUGCAGCAAGGUCUUCACGAAGAGGGGAACCCUGACCAUUCACCUCCGCAUCCACACCGGAUUCAUUGAUGUACCUCUCCGGCUGGAGCCAUCCCCUCAACAAGUCUUGAAUGAGAGAAGGAAUCUGCAGCAUCAUCCUGUGUGCAGUGACACAACAACUUCCCUCACAAGCAAGAGAAAGGGCAAGCGACUACACAAGUGCAUCUACUGCAGCAAGGUGUUCAAACGGAAGAGCAUCCUGGACAAGCACCUACCUAUCCACACUGGCGAGAAACCAUUCUACUGCCACCUCUGUCCCAUGAAAUUCACGCGGAAAGACGGCCUUGUGCGCCAUGUACGGGUACACACAGGCGAGAAGCCAUUUCACUGUCGCUUCUGCCCAAAGGCUUGCGCAGACGAGUCCAAUCUGAAGAGGCACGAGGCAACACACACACGGCGGGCUCCUCGCGAUGUGUCCCCGAGUGCACUGCUUCAUUCUUGUACCUCUGCAGCUUGAGCCGUCCCCUCAACAAGUCUCGAAUGAGGGAAGGAAUCUGCUGCAGCGACCUGUGUGCAGUGACACAACAACUUCCCUCACAAGCACGAGAAAGGGCAA